GGACUUUUCCGACCAAUCAAGAUAGCUUCGAGUAGUUUCAGUGUGUGUGGGUUUUGAUUACAUGUCACAACUCUAAAGGCUGAUUUUGGGUCAAUUUGAUGACCACUCAUCAUUAGAUGUUUUGCAAUGGACGAGGUUAGGUUUCUUGAUCGGAAAAAGUUCUGAGUGCGACGCCGUACAGCUCACUGCAGACGGGUGUGACAGCACUAAGAUGUUUCUUUCGGACAACCAGCAGCUGCAGUGAUGUUGCCUUCUCGAGGGAGGAAGGGUUAGAAAAGGUCGACCUGAAAAUGUCACACCCCACCUUAACUCACGGAUUUCCGUCUCCACCGGUAAGCGUGCUCACUAAGGGCUUUUAAAGGUGGAGCUAUUACUCAAAAAAGCCUUCAUAAAAAAAGUCGUGCGUGACCGGCCUAAAGCAGUAUUCUCUUGGGCUAUGCGUUCAAGCUCGAUCGUUUAUAACCUUGCGCCACUGAAGUAAACGGUAUGAGCUAACGAAACAUUAUUCCUGGUCUCUUGAAACCCCGUACUAAAUCAUAUAUUGGAGAAUUGAUUGUUCGAAACUGGUGACAGUUAGCUAGAACUCUGGAAUCCCGGGCGAUCGAUGUACGUUGCGUCUCCGAAACGCGCAUACAAGACACGAGUAAAAUCAUCUAUUUGAUCUCACCUAGUGCAGAGAGAGACACAAAAAGGUUUACGCUUCGUGUUUCUGGAAGCCUUGAUGCCGCCACUUGCGGCCUCGCCAGCGUAGGUAUAGUAUCAAGUUAUAGGGCAGAACCAGCUCUCUUAGACUGGAUCACGGUAGACAGUCACAUAUGCGCUGUCCGACUAAACGGAACGGUACGGACUAGAAAGGGUCGGUCGUAUCUGCCUACGCUCUCACUGACUGCAAUUUUAUAGAAACCUCUCUAAACUUCUCCAAAAUGUUAAGCACUCUGAUAUAGUAAUAAUGGCUGGUGACUUUAACACUCAAGUAGGUAGAUUCAGCAAAAAGAAAAAACCUCUAAGGGCUCCACUUAUUGAUAGUAAAGCUAAGAACAUAUUUCAGGAACAACUAGAAAAACAGUUAGGCAGCCAUGUAGUAAGUGCUACCUACCCUGAGGCAGCUUGGAACGAUAUCAAAAAGGCAGUGAUAUCUACUAGUAAGGUAAACCAUAAGGUUAGUAAGAAACCGUGGAUUUCAGUUGCAUACACCGAACUGAUGGAUGCUCGAACACUCAUCCCGUCUAGCUCUGAGAACGAUGAGGAGCUG